AUGGCGGCUGACGACCGGCUUCUGAAGCACCUUGAGCGGGACUCGGAGUGGUUGCAGCAGCAGCUGGGACAAUACGCACCGAUCAGCAACGACUUUAUGACGAAGUUUGGGUACGAGGAGUAUGAAACUCCUACCGUGUUGGGACAUAGUAUCAUGGUGGUUCCAAAGGCAUCGGCGGUCGUUCCAGGAAACGCAGACGCCGAGCCGAUCGUCAUCCACGCAAACCACACCUCUAUGGUCCGAUAUCACUCAAGGCAAGACGUUGGAUACAUGACGGUGUCGGAACACUUGCAGAUCAUGACCAAGGUUGCUACAGGCAAUGUCCAACAAAGAUGGCAGGCGGAAGCAAGAGUAGAUGACGCGCGAGGCAACAUCAACCGUUUCACUCUUUCUCUGAGCCUGUCAGGAGCGACUGAAACAAGCCACCUGGUUGCGAGAGACGAAGAGCUUGCCUGGAUGCACCAAACGCUAGGUAGGUCACCGGGGCGCCAGACUGUUGUCUUGCAUGGACUGGGUGGCAUGGGAAAGACGCAGCUCGCCAUUGCAUACGUGAAACGACACAGAAACAACUACACCGCAUCGAUCUGGCUGAAUGCAAGAGAUGAAACCUCAUUAAACCAGAGCUUCCGGAAUGCAGCUAUAAGAAUCUCCCGGGAGCAUCCUGGUCUGGGCUACAUGCAGAGCACUGUAUCCGACAAAGAUGGCGAUGCAUCGCUGGCUGUUAAGAGGUGGUUGGACGAACCAAGGAAUGGCCGAUGGCUCUUGAUCUACGACAAUUAUGACCACCCCAAGAUGGGAGGCGAUAUUGAGGAAGCGCCAGUUGGAGACGGUAGCAGCCUCGGUCGAACUGACGAGGCGAAUCAACCAGCACCAGAGGGCUACGAUAUUCGCCAGCAUCUCCCGGUCACAGAUCAUGGAGCGGUCGUCGUGACGACGCGAUCGUCAACAGUCCAGAUCGGGGAGCUUCUACGAUUGCGGAAAUUACGCAGGAUAGAAGACGGUCUUCGCAUUCUGGAGACAACUUCGGGCCGGAAAGGAGCACAAGAUGAUACUUUCGCGGUUGCCCUCGCCCGUAAACUGGACGGCCUACCGCUCGCCCUGUCGACGGCUGGUGCGUAUCUCACACAGGUCUCGACAUCAUGGCAACAGUACUUGCAAGAUUACGAGAGCGCAUGGGGUCAGUUGCAGAAGCUGAGCCCGCAACUCCUCACGUACGAGAAUCGUGCCAUGUACUCGACGUGGAACAUCUCCUAUGCUAGUAUUCGGCGACACAGCGAAUCCGCGGCGAUGUUGCUGCGUCUGUGGGCAUUUUUCGGCAACGAGGACCUGUGGUACGAGUUACUCCGACGCGGAGUUACAGAGGACGGGCCAAAGUGGCUCCAAGUUCUUACAGCGACCCGGCUUGCUUUUGAUCAGGGUAUGCGGGUGCUCUGCAACCACGGACUGGUGGAGGCACAUUGGGCGAUAUCUCAAAACGGAGCGGAGUCAAAUGGAUAUAGCGUGCACGCCUGCGUGCACUCAUGGAUGGUUCACGCGUUGAACGGUCCGGACGAGCGAGGCCUUUCGAUGCUGGCCAUGGAGUGUACGAGUCUACACGUGCCAGGGCCGAAAAUUGCGGAGUACUGGCUGCUUCAACGUCGACUUUUGCUCCAUGCUGAUCGAUGCCGACAGUUCAUGGGUGGGGGUGAUAACGAUGUGAGUACCAUCUGGAUGCCAGCAACCCUUGGCAUCCUCUACGCGGACCAAGGGCGGUUUAAGGAGGCCGGGGCUAUGUACGAGCGGGCGCUUCAAGGCUACGAGAAGGCGUGGGGACCGGAACACACAUCGACGCUCGACACAGUCAACAAUCUCGCAAACAUUUACAAGAACCAAGGGCGGGUUAAGGAGGCCGAGGCGAUGUACGAGCGGGCGCUGCAAGGCAAAAAGAAGGCGUGGGGACCGGAACACACGUCGACGCUCGACACAGUCAACAAUCUCGCAAGCCUCUACGCGAACCAAAGGCGGCUUAAAGAGGCCGAGGUUAUGUACGAGCGGGCGCUGCAAGGCAAAGAAAAGGCGUGGGGAUCGGAACACACGUCGACGCUCGACACAGUCAACAAUCUCGGCCUCCUCUACGCGAACCAAGGGCGGUUUAAGGAGGCCGAGGCUAUGUACGAGCGGGCGCUGCAAGGCUACGAGAAGGCGUGGGGACCGGAACACACGUCGACGCUCGACACAGUCAACAAUCUCGCAAACCUCUACGCGGACCAAGGGCGGCUUAAAGAGGCCGAGGCGAUGUACGAGCGGGCGCUGCAAGGCAACGAGAAGGCGUGGGGACCGGAACACACGUCGACGCUCUCCACAGUCAACAAUCUCGCAAGCCUCUACGCGGACCAAGGGCGGUUUAAGGAGGCCGAGGCUAUGUACGAGCGGGCGCUGCAAGGCAACGAGAAGGCGUGGGGACCGGAACACACGUCGACGCUCUCCACAGUCAACAAUCUCGCAAACCUCUACGCGAACCAAGGGCGGCUUAAGGAGGCCGAGGCUAUGUACGAGCGGGCGCUACAAGGCUACGAGAAAGCCCUAGGCGAAGACGGCAUCGUGACUUUUGUCCCUUUCUUGAAUGCUGUCACUAACCUGGGGCUUCUUAAAGCCAGCAUGGGGCGAACGGCACGAGCGAAGGAGUUGUACACGGUAGCUCUUACGGGUGUUCGAGACGUCUUUGGUGACGGCAGUGACCGGCACAAAGAGCUUGAGCGUCUUCUGGUCGGUCUUUCCGACUGA